AUGAGAACUAUUGAGGAGACCAGAAAGAGAUGGGAGAUCCUGUUUGCCGACAAUGAAACGCCCGCCGACCUGCGGACAGCCCUCCGAGCGGAACAGGGAGGAAAACUAUGCAACGAUGGGCUGAGGUCGAUUUGCUGGAAGGUGUUUCUCCUCUUCGAUGGCCUCGAGCGGGAAGAAUGGUCACAGAAGCUUGCCGAGUCACGAGAGGCGUACCAGGCGCUUCGUACCCAUUUUCUGAAAUUUAUUGAACAUCCGGAUGAUGUGGAGUCUACUGUUGAUCCGCUGGCGGACGACGAGGAGUCUCCGUGGCAAACACUACGCAACGACGAGAAACUACAAACAGAAAUUGCGCAGGAUGUCGACCGAUGCAUGCAAGAGAACCUUUUCUUUCAGGAUCCAGCGACAAAGAAGAAACUGACGGAUGUCUUGUUUGUUUACUCGAAACUUAACUUGGAUGUUGGGUAUCGUCAGGGUAUGCACGAGCUCGUGGCCCCGAUACUUUGGGCCAUUGAUCGAGACUCUGUCCAGCCGGACUCAAAACGGUUGACAGAUAACAAGGAAGAUGCCUCGAUGCUGGACCUUCUCAACCCCAAGUUUGUGGAACACGAUUCGUUCACGUUGUUCCUUUGCGUCAUGCAGACAGCUCGCAUAUAUUACGAACACAGCGAGACUCGGUCAGCCAAUGGCGAGAUCGACGUCAUUCCGAUUGUGAACCGAUGCCAGUACCUUCACAACGAGGCCCUGACGAUUAUAGACCACGAAUUAGCGGAACAUCUGCAUGCUGUGGACGUACUGCCUCAGAUAUUUUUGACUCGCUGGAUGCGACUUCUAUUUGGACGGGAAUUUCCAUUUGAUGAUGUCCUCAUGAUGUGGGAUCUACUGUUUGCCCAUGGGCUUCGAUCAGAUCUCGUGGACUUCACAUGCAUUGCGAUGCUGCUCCGGAUUCGUUGGCAAUUACUCAAGGCGGACUACUCAGGUGCAUUGUCAAUGUUGUUACGAUACCCACCUCCCGAGCCACAUACACCCCAAACUUUCGUGCAUGAUGCGCUCUAUCUAGAACAAAACCCAACUGCGGAGCGAGGCAGCUUUAUCAUCUCUAAAUACUCCGGCAGAGAGCCAGAAUCAAAGCGCCCUAGCCACUCCAGGACUAGACCUGCUCGAGCGGCUCAUCUCUGGGAGGAAUUCCGGAAUCGCAGCAACAGCAAUUCAUCCACCUCAUCGCCUACUAGAAACAGCCCUAAGGGUCUUGAGACACUUCUCCAGGAUGUUUCUCAAGGCAUUCAGCGUCGCACCGAGGCAUGGGGCGUGGCCAAAGCCGUUCGUGGAGCCGUGACUGAAGCCAGAAGAAACAUGCAAACUAUGCAGUAUGAGCCAGGCCCUCGCACCGGACCGUCACUUCGCAGACCCUCUUCUACAUUAGUACCAAACGCAGUGCUCAAGGGACCGACGCCUACCGAGCUUGGACUAGAAAAGAAGAUUAGUCUUUUGGAGGAAAGGAAUAAGGAGCUGGCGAGUGCGUUGGGCGAUGCCCUGGAAGACCUUCGUUCCGAACUUGCUACCACGAAAGACCUUGACUCGGAUUCCAAUGAUGCAGUGAAGCAGGCAUUAGCUCGAGCUGAAUCGGUCCGGUGUUGUCUCGAGGAUUCUUCACUAUCACUCCCGCGGUCCUCUGCGCCGCAACCCCCAGAAAUAGCUGGCGAGACGGCUGACUCGGCAUCUUCAUUGCCAUCAUCAUCAUCGCCAUCGCCAUCGCCAUCGCCAUCGCCAUCACCACUGGUUUCAUCCGCAGCAAACACUUCUGAAGAUGUGGCGCAAAAGGAUCUGCAAAGUACGCCUCAAACUCGCCCGGAUGCUACGGGGCGCACUGAAGAUGGAACCGCCAGGAUUGGCAGCACCGCCACCAACAGCAAGAACCCUGACGGCCAGACCGAAAAGUUGCAGCCAAAUCUUAUCCGGCCAUCCCUGUCGGAUGCAGGGUUCUCCUGGAUGCUAGAAGGUAGCCGGAACUUGUCGACCUUUGUCAGUUCGGCCUCGGUACCACCGGAACAGACACGGCAUCAAGAACCCCCCCGAACAAAAGGCAAAGGUAGUCCACUAUUCGGGAAUGGCGGAGAAGAAAACCCAGGAACCGAGGCCGAGUAUGAUGAACUGGCACUGCACAGUCUCCGUGGGGCUCGGAGCCCGCUGUAA